AUGCUGGCUGUCCCGGAGAUGGGCCUGCAGGGGCUGUAUAUUGGCUCCAGUCCAGAGCGGUCCCCAGUGCCCAGCCCACCCGGCUCCCCAAGGACCCAGGAAAGCUGUGGCAUUGCCCCCCUCACUCCCUCACAGUCUCCAAAGCCAGAGGCCCGAGCCCCCCAGCAGGCUCCCUUCUCCGUGGUGGUGGCCAUCGACUUUGGCACCACAUCCAGUGGCUAUGCCUUCAGCUUUGCCAGUGACCCUGAGUCCAUCCACAUGAUGAGGAAAUGGGAGGGUGGGGACCCGGGCGUGGCCCACCAGAAGACCCCGACCUGCCUGCUGCUGACCCCAGAGGGCGCCUUUCACAGCUUUGGCUACACUGCCCGCGAUUACUACCAUGACCUGGACCCCGAAGAGGCGCGGGACUGGCUCUACUUCGAGAAGUUCAAGAUGAAGAUCCACAGCGCCACUGAUCUCACCUUGAAGACCCAGCUAGAAGCGAUAAAUGGUAAGAAGAUGCCCGCUCUAGAGGUGUUCGCCCAUGCCCUGCGCUUCUUCAAGGAGCAUGCCCUUCAGGAGCUGAGGGAGCAAUGCCCAUCACUGCCAGAGAAGGACAAUGUGCGCUGGGUGUUGACAGUGCCUGCCAUCUGGAAACAGCCAGCCAAGCAGUUCAUGCGGGAGGCUGCCUACCUGGCUGGCCUGGUGUCUCGAGAGGAUGCAGAACAGCUACUCAUUGCCCUGGAGCCCGAGGCUGCUUCUGUCUACUGCCGCAAGCUGCGUCUGCACCAGAUCAUGGACCUAAGUGGCCGGGUCCCUGGUAGUGGGCGCCUGGGCGAGCGCCGCUCCAUUGACUCCAGCUUCCGGCAGGCCCGCGAGCAGCUGCGAAGGUCCCGCCACAGCCGCACGUUCCUGGUGGAGUCUGGCGUUGGAGAGCUGUGGGCAGAGAUGCAAGCAGGAGACCGCUACGUAGUGGCAGACUGCGGGGGAGGCACUGUUGACCUCACCGUGCACCAGCUGGAGCAGCCCCACGGCACCCUCAAGGAGCUCUACAAGGCGUCUGGCGGUCCCUAUGGCGCGGUGGGCGUGGACCUAGCCUUCGAGCAGUUGCUGUGUCGCAUCUUCGGCGAGGACUUCAUCGCCACCUUCAAGCGGCAACGGCCAGCAGCUUGGGUGGAUCUGACCAUCGCCUUCGAGGCCCGCAAACGCACGGCUGCCCCGCACCGUGCGGGGGCGCUCAACAUCUUGCUGCCCUUCUCCUUCAUUGACUUCUACCGCAAGCAGCGAGGCCACAACGUGGAGACGGCCCUGCGCAGGAGCAGCGUGAACUUCGUGAAGUGGUCCUCACAAGGGAUGCUCCGGAUGUCUUGUGAGGCCAUGAACGAGCUCUUUCAGCCCACAGUCAGCGGGAUCAUCCAGCACAUAGAAGAGCUGCUGGCGCGGCCGGAGGUGCAGGACGUGAAGCUGCUGUUCCUGGUGGGCGGCUUCGCCGAGUCGGCCGUGCUGCAGCACGCGGUGUCGCGUGUUUCUGUCCUGUGGAGGGGCCGGCGGCGCGUGCUCAUCAAUCUGUACUGCUGCGCCGCCGAGGACGCGCGCUUCAUCACCGACCCGGGCGUGCGCAAGUGCGGCGCACUCAGCCUCGAGCUCGAGCCCGCGCCCGUCGACGGCGCGCCCCCUGGCCGCCGCGAGAUCCGCGCCGCCAUGCAGUUUGGUGACACCGAGAUUAAGGUCACCGCCGUCGACGUCAGCACCAAUCGCUCCGUGCGUGCCGCCAUCGACUUUCUCUCCAAUUGA